GCGCGAAAAGGGUUCGACUGCCUUGGACUGUGCCGUGAAUCGGAGAAGAUGGAGAGAAUAGACGAAAUGGAACCAGAAUUUCCGGCAUUUCCAUACAAGCCUUACUCGAUCCAGUUCGAUUUCAUGAAGGCGCUGUAUAAGUUUCUUAAUAAAGGCGGAAUCUCCAUGCUUGAAAGCCCCACUGGUACGGGAAAAACUCUAAGCAUCAUAUGUGGCGCUUUGCAAUGGGUGGCUGACCAAAGGAAGAAACAGAAUGAUACGAUACAAGAUGGGUCUGACAAGACCAGCACAAAUGAAAGCCAGUUCAAUUCAGAUGACGAGCCUGAUUGGAUGAGGACGUUCGCUGUAAGUCAAGACCAUCAAAAUCAGGAGAAGAAGAUUAAGAAAAAGGAAUUUGGGGUGGGAUCAGGAAGACAUAAAAAAGAAGGUUCCAAGUAUAAUCAUCAGAACUUGUUUUCACAAGAGGAGGAAGACCAUUUUGUUACAAAGGAACAAAAACAUAUGCAGACUCCGAAUGAUAGUCUGGAGAUGGAGGAUCAAGAGUUUUUGGUGGAGGAUUAUGAAAGUGAUGAUGAAGUGGCUCUUAGUGGUGGGCAGUCAAAGAGAAAGAACAACGGGGUUUCAAUCAGUUCAUCUAGUGAUGACGAAGAGGAUCAAGAGGAAUCUAGCGAAGAGAAGUUGAAAGUUUACUUUUGUAGUCGGACACACUCACAGCUUUCACAAUUUAUUAAGGAGUUGAGGAAGACUGUUUUUGCAAGUGAGUUGAAUGUCAUUUGCCUGGGUUCUAGGAAGAUAUUUUGUAUUAAUGAAGAGGUGCUCAAACUUGGUAAUGCAAGUCACAUAAAUGAGCGAUGCUUGGAGCUUCAAAAGAAAAAGACUACUGAGACAUCCAAAGCCAAGAAAUUAGGUGGUGCAGGAAAAAUGUGCCGGACCAAGGCUUCUUCUGGGUGUCCCAUGCUUGGAAAACCAAAACUACAAAAGAAUUUUAGGAGUCAGAUCUCUCAAAGAGGAGCCUUAGACAUCGAAGAUCUUGUUCACCUUGGAAGAAAUGUGGGAACGUGUCCAUAUUAUGGCUCACGGAGCAUGGUCCAGGCUGCUGAUCUUAUUGUCCUACCUUAUCAAUCUCUUCUAUCAAAAUCAUCCCGUGAAUCUCUUGGCCUUGUUUUGAAGAACAGCAUUGUAAUUAUUGAUGAGGCACACAAUUUAGCUGACUCUCUCAUCAGUAUGUAUGAUUCGAAGAUCACUUAUUCACAGCUGGAGAAUGUGCAUCACCACAUGGAGAGGUAUUUUGAAAGAUUUUGGAGUCUUUUGGGACCAGGCAAUCGGAGAUAUAUUCAAACUCUAAUUCUAGUUACUCGGGCUCUCCUUAAACUCUUACACAGUGAGGAAGCGCCUUAUGCGGAACCUUGUAAAAAUAAUAUUACUGGAAAAAAUAGUACUUUGGACUAUUCAAUGGCUAUAAAUGAUUUUCUCUUCUCUCUCAAUAUAGACAAUAUCAACUUUGUAAAACUGCUACAGUAUAUUAAGGAAAGCAACAUUAUGCACAAGGUUAGUGGGUAUGGAGAAAGAAUUAUUAAUCCAAGAAAUGACUUGGGAAUGAAAACUUCUGGAAAAUGUUACGAGAAGGAAAGUACUCUCUCAAGCUUUAGAGCAUUAGCUGACAUGCUGCUAUCCUUUAUUAACUUUGAUGGAGAUGGAAGAAUGAUAAUCUCAAAGAACAAACCUACAUGCUUUGGGGAGAAUGGAGGAUAUAUAAAAUUUGUCAGGCUUACAGGGGAGAAGAUAUUUUCUGAGGUUGUAGAUCAAACACACGCUGUUGUUCUUGCUGGGGGAACUUUACAACCUAUAGAAGAAACAAGAGAGCGACUCUUUCCAUGGUUACCUUCUUCUCAGUUGAACUUUUUCUCAUGUAGUCACAUUGUUCCUCCAGAAAGUGUUUUGCCAAUGGCUGUUUCCUCCGGUCCUUCUGGUCAGCCUUUUGAUUUUAGCUACAGCAGCAGAAGCUCAUCUGCUAUUGUAAAGGAGCUAGGGCUUUUGCUUUGUAAUCUGGUGACUGUGGUUCCAGAAGGAAUUGUUGUGUUCUUCUCUUCUUUUGAUUAUGAAGAACAGGUAUAUGGUUUAUGGAAAGAUUCAGGCAUCCUUGACAGGAUUAUGAAGAAAAAGCGUAUAUUCAGAGAGCCUAGAAACAAUACUGAUGUGGAAUCUGUUCUUAAGGAAUACAAGGAAACCAUCGAUGCAUUGUCUAAGAAGGAUCCACAACAAAAUAUUUCAUCUUCUAGUGGUGCGGUGCUAUUUGCUGUUGUUGGGGGCAAAAUAUCGGAAGGCAUCAACUUAAGUGAUGGGAUGGGGAGGUGUAUUGUCAUGGUUGGCCUGCCCUACCCUAGUCCAUCUGACAUUGAGUUAAUGGAGAGGGUGAAGCAUAUUGAAACUCUGGGAAAUUCAAAUUCCAUUAAGAGUUUGAAGUUUUAUAAUGAGGUUCCUAGUGGAGAUGUUGAAACUGGUUUAGAGAUUUUGAGAAGUUGCAAAAGAGGAAAAGAAUAUUACGAGAAUCUUUGCAUGAAAGCCGUGAAUCAGUCAAUUGGUAGAGCUAUUCGACAUAUCAAUGAUUAUGCAGCAAUUCUAUUGGUUGAUGUGCGGUACUCGUCUACUUCUUCGAAGAGAAGCUUUUCGCACCCAGCUGACAAGCUUCCAAAGUGGAUUAAGGACUGUCUCAUUUCUUCAACUGAGAAUUAUGGUGAAGUCCAUCGAAGGUUGCACCAGUUUUUUAAACUUAACAGAAAGAUGGGACAGUGAAUCAAUAACACAAUUUUUUGUUGAAUCUGUCGCUUCGAAAAAGGCACGAAACGAUCCUUUCUUAACCAUUUACUGCGAGCAGUAAUUUUGAUUAUGGCAGUUGGUCCCAGUUGGAAGGUCAAAUGCGCUGUAACUGAUAUUUGUGAUUGAAUUGUAGCAUCUGUGAAAUAAGCCAACUUAUACAUGUAUAUAUUGGUAUCUUUCUUCUAUGACAAACAAAGCACUUCUAGCCCCUUCAUAUAUUUCUCUUCCCCACAGAUUUAGUGGCGGUGGCUUUCUUCCAUCAGUUCUGAGUUUUAAGAUGUUUCAACGAUGUGCAACAACAAAGAACCAAGAUGUUUAGCAUAUUGGAUCUCUACACACUAUUUUAAGAAGCCUUGCUGGGCAAGAUUGAGUAACUAUCUGCCUGAUUUGUUUUCUUUGACCAAAUAGAUUAUCAAGUCUUCAUCUGCAACACCUGGUAAAUAUUGCUGCCAUAUCGAGCAAUGGUUUGGCUAUACAAAAGCUCCGUGAUUAUCGAUUCUUUUUCCAGGCAUGGCGGUGUGGAUUUGAACCUCUUGCCUAGCUGAACUAUUCACAGGACAGUUUGAAUUACCAAAAAUGAAUAUAUGUGGACUAUGCCCCUUUUGUUCCAUGGGGACAGCUCUCUUUAAUUUUUAGCUGGGACCAUUUGCCCAAUGGGUCCUUCAUGGGUCAGGGAUUGCCUUUACAACAAUACAAUUUAGGUAGUCAAAAACGAAGCAUCAAGCUCAUUGGAUUCGUACAUAUUAUCGAAGCUGAAGCGGUUAAGUUUUUCAACUUUUAGAGAGAGAAUGGCCCAAAAGGAAGUAGAGGGAGUUAAAGGCAAGACUUGGAAUUUCCACAUGCUGUGGCUUUGUCUUUAGGUAACUACGAGAAACAUGAAUUGUCUCCAUCUUUCUUCUCUUUGUUGCAGAAAUAUUUAGUGAACAGAGGAAGAGAAAUAGAUAGAUAGAGAGGUGCCAUUUCCUCUUGCAAACAGAUUGAGAGGUAACAAAGCCCUUUAAUUGUUAUACCACAUUACAGCAUCCAAAUGCUGCUAAAGGAAACCAUCCUCAAAACCAGCAACCUCUUCCAUAAAACUCUUGGAAACUUCAAGUGUUUAUUCUCCAAAGGGUUUCAAAAGCUGCAGAAACCCACUUGUUUGAUCACCUUCUCUUGCAGCAAAAGAAAGCCACAACAUACCCAUCCAACAGAUCGACUCUACAUUGAUUUUUAUGAUGAAUGGCAGUCCCCACUGCAAAAAUCAGCCAAGAAAAACAUUGACGGUGGCAGUGUGAUGACGGCCAAGCAAAACAUGAAGCAAGAAGACACAAAUGUUGCAAAACAAAGUCCUCCAAGGAGUAGACAAGAGAAGGCUGUGAAAGAGAAGAAGAAGCCAGGAAGUUGCCAUCUUAGAAAAGGUGAUGUUAAGAACAGCAGCAUGAGAAGUAAUGGGCUAGCACAAAAAAUGAAGGAAUUAGAGAUGUUGGAUAGGUGUGAUAUGGAGCAAGAACUGGAUAUAGAAGAGGCAAUUCAUUAUUACUCUCGCCUCAGUAGUCCUGUUUAUCUUGAAAUUGUGGACAAGUUUUUCAUGGACAUACACUCUGAAUUCUCUGUUCCAGAGCCUUCUGCUAGGAGUAUGAACAGCUCAAAGAGAAGAAUGGGGUCCAUGAGAUUAUUAUAGAUUUUCAAGUAAGUGAACUAUAUCCUUUAUCUAUAUUUCUUUUCCUUCUUUUUGCAAGAUUUGGUUUGAUUAUAUUUGCGUACUUAUAUUCCCUUAUUGCUUCUUCUGAGUAUAUGGCUUUUGUAUGGUUACUGAUUCA